UGUGUCUAAAGACUCACUUUGAAGUAAUUUCUUCCUCCUAUUCUCAGACAGACGAAGGGGGAAUAAUGAGCGCUCGGCGGUUGAUAAAGCGGCUGCUCGGCUCUUUCAGAGUUCGAGUCAUCAAACACCCCAUUAGAAGCUCUACUGUCCUCUCCUGAUUAUAAGAAUCCAACAAAGACGGUCCUGCUGAAAAAGCCUCCAUGAGCCGAAUCCAGUGAAGAAUCCAAACACAUAUGGACUCGUACAUUGACCAGUGUAGUCCUGGUAUAUGAGCAUCUGGAUCAAAGUCAGUCUUGUGGUCCUCCUAGUCUUACGAACCUCUUGUGAGGCCUGGUCAUUGACUGAUGGCUAGAGGUGCCAACUGGACUCCUUUGUGACCCUGUGGGUUGGUCUAGAUGCCAGGGCCAGUCGUGUGCUUCAUGGAGAGGGCACCGGGAGGAUACCUGGAGAGACGGGGCAUAGACCAUCAGGAGGCCAGAGCAGUACAGGACCAAGGUUUACACCACAAUGCUAAACUGGCAUACCUGACCCUGACCUUAAAGAUCAUAAAGAUCCACCGAUUUAUUCAAAUCUACAAAUAACUGAACCAUUUUGAGCUACACUAGCUUAGCUCCAGAAGUCAGCUCGUGUAGUUCAAGCAGCCUUUCACAAUAAAAGCUCACAGGGCAGAGAUGGGCAAUUUGGCUUAAUAUUCAAUGAGCUGUGUUUGGGUUAGGGAGCUGAAUGCUCUUACUUAUAAAAUGACACCUUUGGAAACCAAAUUUAACAGACACUGAAGGUUUUUAUAGUUGUUUUUCUAAUUAACACCUCAAUAAUGAUGACACUUUUGGAAAAUAGAUAAAAUAUGAAUAAAUAAAAUAAUAAAAUAAAUCGAUACAUAUUUGUGUGUGUUAAUUAGGGCUGUCAAAAGAUUACUUUUUUAAAAUUGCAAUUAAUUGCUUCUUUUCUACUGCAUUCUUAAACUAUGCUAUUUUGCAUUUGAAACUGUUUUUGUGUCAUUUUUUGAUUUUCUACUGUCUUAGACUGAAGGUCAGUGACUUGCAGUUUGGAUACAGCUGUUUUUACAGCUGGGGUUCUGGGCCCUGGAGGGGUCCUUGAGUGUUUUCCAGGAGGUCCUGGACAGAGCGAGGCUCAGUCUCCUGCCACUUAAAGGCGCCUGUGCAGUGAAGGACCGUCGCUCAGAGGUUUGUUAGUUCCUCACCUACAGCUCAGACUGUUAUGUCAUCCCGUCUAAAUCAUCCAGAGAAGUGGUGAGAAAGUUCAGGAGAAGCAGGUCUGAAGGCGUGCACCUGUACCACUGUUCACACGUCUUAACUCAGAGAGCAGGGUCCAAAGGACAGGAGUGGGCGCGCGCCUCUCCAGUCAGUCUCGUGGCUCGGUGUUUAUCUGUCCUCUCGGCUGACAGUAAACAGAUGAGGACGGCUGUGAGGCCUGUGGCACCCUGAGGGGAGGGGAGGAGACAGGCUGGGCAAUAUGUCCAGUUUUUAAGAUGUGUUAUGAUUUCUAAUGAGAUAAAGGGACAGUACAACAGUAUUGUUUAUAUGUAAGCCAAUUAAGACACUGCAGAGGAGUUUGCCUUCAAAUCUUGACCACUAAAAACAAACAAGUUUAUUUGGUGUUGGACUUCAGAUCUACAAAUGAAACUGGGUCGUGUGGACCCUAUCCGACGUAGCAGGACUGUUUUUGUUGGAAUAUUUUGCUGGAUGGAUCUCUGCUGCUGUGUUGGUUCGAUUGUCAAACAGUUGGAACAAAAAUAAUUGUAAUACUCUCCUAAUGUGGGGCAUGAAACUUCAGCAGCUUUGUGAUAAUUGUGACUGGGUGCCCACCUCUGUUUUUGGUCCAUGUCGCCCAGCCCUAAGCAGAGGGCAGGUCCAGCAGGGCGCGGUCUCCUUCACCUCAUCUGUUCUGUAGUAGGAUCUCUAACAUUUCCACGGCUGCCAGCAGCUCUGCGCCACAGGGACGCAAACAGAGAACAAACCGCUGCGGGGACACCCUUUGACCAACACGAGCAGCCAGACUCCUCCGUGUCUGUCUGAAGGCUUUUUCUCACAGCUCUGACACUGAGGGGCAGCUUUGAACCUGCCUGCCAACAUAAACUCACCUCGCCUAUUUAUGCCCCAGCCUCUGCGUGCGCUCGGGACAGGAGGGUGUCAGCAGCCCAGAGGACAGGUUCACGGCGCUCCAGCUCGUCUCCAGCGGCGCACGGGACACUUUUACGCGCCGGGAAUGGCCACUAUAAGGGACUCUGGAGUGAGUCCUGCUCCUUUGACUCCACUCUAAGAUUACAAAAGGGACCCACGCGGGGGGGAAACAUCUAGAAACAUACAGCGGUGACACUUUGGCCACCCGCCGGGGGGGAACCUCCCGGCCCGGGGCGGAAUGCUGCUCCACACGCUGGUGACGCUCCUCGCCGGGUGCGCCUUCCUCCUCUCCCCGCUCAGCGAAGGCUGUGGGCCGGGCAGAGGAUACGGUAAGAGACGGUCACCGAGGAAACUGGCACCGCUCGCUUACAAACAGUUCAGCCCCAACGUGGCCGAGAAGACGCUCGGAGCCAGCGGGAGGUACGAAGGGAAAAUAACCCGGAACUCUGAGCGCUUCAAGGAGCUCACUCCAAACUACAACCCAGACAUCAUCUUCAAGGAUGAGGAGAACACUGGAGCAGACCGCAUGAUGACCCAGCGCUGCAAAGAUAAGCUGAACUCUCUGGCCAUCUCGGUUAUGAAUCUGUGGCCUGGGGUCCGGCUGAGGGUCACCGAGGGCUGGGAUGAAGACGGCCAUCACUCGGAGGAAUCUCUGCACUACGAGGGCCGGGCGGUGGACAUCACCACCUCGGACAGGGACAGGAACAAGUACGCCAUGCUGGCCCGUUUAGCGGUGGAAGCCGGGUUUGACUGGGUCUACUACGAGUCCAAGGCCCACAUCCACUGCAGCGUCAAGUCAGAUCACUCGGUGGCGGCGAAGUCUGGCGGUUGUUUCCCUGGCGAGGCCUUGGUCACAUUAGAGGGCGGUGGUAACAAGUCCAUGAGCGACCUGCGCCCCGGUGAGCGAGUCCUGGCCUCGGCGGGCGGCGGUGGGGGGGAGCUGGUGUUCACUGAAGUCCUGACCUUCCUGGACCGUGACCCCAUGACCUGGAAGCUCUUCUACACCCUGCAGACAGCAGCCGGCGCCCACCUCUCGCUCACCGCUGCCCACCUGCUGUUUGUGACAGAGGGGAACUGCUCAGAGGGGGCGGUGCCUGCUCGGGUGGCCCUCAGGACUGUGUACGCCAGUGACGCCCGUCCGGGACAGUGCGUGCUGGUGUCGCAGGGUGAAACAGGACAGAGCCGUCUGUCCCAGAUCACUCAAAUCAGCAUGAGGGCAGGAAGGGGUGUGUUUGCACCGCUUACCCAGCAUGGGACGCUGGUGGUGGACGGGGUGGUGGUGUCCUGCUACGCUGUGCUGGAUCAGCACUCUGUGGCCCACUGGGCCUUCUCCCCGCUCCGCCUCAUCAACAGCUGGACUGGAUCCACGGGGAGCAGCGGGGACGGGGUCCACUGGUAUGCCCGAAUUUUACACUGGCUUGGUGGGAUGCUGCUGGACGCCAGGCGCCUCCACCCACUGGGCAUGGCUCGGGACGACAGGUGAGGACAGGAGACAGGUAACACAGGAAGACAUUUUAAUAAAACCAAAACCUGUCCCUCGCUUUUGACCUGCAGAGCCGUGCAGGACCACGACGGAUGACUAAAGGGAGGUUUCUGCUGAGGCAUGAUGGGAGAUUUUCUGCAGGAAACAGAAGAAGAAACUGUGAACAGACACAGAUGAAUCCUCAAAAACACAAAGACAGAAAACAAGAGCACUCUGGGGUAGAAAGACUCGAAACACGUGAGGAAUUCAAAAACUCUUGGAGACACAGGCAUCCUUUAAAAACUAUGAAACAGAAAUCCUUGAAAAUCACCUAAAAGUUCCUGAACUUACCUUUUAAAGCACACAAUCAAAUUUUUUUCCAGGCACACUUUUGCAACCCACUGACCCCCCAGCUGAGCCCCACUGCUUUAAAGGUUCUAAAUACAGAAUUAAAUGCACACAUACUUUUCUGAUCAUUUCCCACUGAUCUGGGAUGAACUUCCUGAAAUUGAUCAGGAUCUUUAAGUGUCAAUUUUCUCCUGAAAGUGUCCCAACCUUCAUUGUAAAAUGUGAUUAAUUCAAUAUACUCUGUAAAUAAUGGGAAUACUGAGGCAAAGUUAAAGGGAUUCUUGUUUCAUUGUGAGUCUAUGAGGAUGCUGAGCUCUCUGCUGUAACAUUAAAGCUUUGACAGAGAUUUUAGAAGAAAUGAUAGAGUGUAUUUAAGUCUUAUUUGUUUACAGAAAUCCAUUCAUGUUUUUGACAUUAUUGUGGGA